AUGCCCCAAGAAAGAGCUUCACGAAUACGUUUUCAUUCUCUUACCCUCGUUCAAGACAAUUCUAAUAUUCCCGGUACUUUUGAGAUACCUCAACAUUACACUCCACCUCAGACAUCUCCACCUCCCGGUUUUGGACUUCCGUCACAUCCUUCUAAUCGCUUGCCAAUGUCUCUUGACGAAAUUGAAGCGCAAUUAUACAGGCAACCUGGUUUACCAGAAAAAAGGAUUUACAGUUUGGCUGAAGUCGAGGCUGCUAUAUUGGGUAUAAAUGGGCGUCCACCACCUUCACAACAAUUACCCAUUCAUCCUGCGACGGAGGCUGUUUUUAGAGAACAGGAAACUAUUGCUUAUCUUGAACAAGAGUACAAGAGACGAGAGAAGCAACGAAAAUUGGCCGAAAUGUCCAGAUAUAAUGGUCUUAUGACUCAAAGCGAUAAAGACUUUAUUAAUCGAAUUCAAAUAUCUCAACUUGUGACGGACGACCCAUAUGCUGAUGAUUUUUACUUUCAAGUUUAUACAGCUAUAAGAAGUCGACAAGCACAGCCUCAAAUGUCUGCUUUUUCACCGCACCUUGGAGGAGCUGGAUUUAUGGGACACGAACGAGGUAGACAUCGUAGUAGGGGAUCAGAAAGUGGAUUACUAAAAAUGCAGCAACAAGUUUUGAGGAUAGUAAAUGAUGCCAGAAGAAAACCAAAAUUAACUCAGCUAUCACUUGAAGGUGCUUUAGGUAAAAUUGCACUUAAUUCCGUUCGCAAUCCCAGACAGCUAUUACAAGUUUCUUCAAAACAUAAUGAUAUACACCAUCAUGCGGGUCCAAGUGGAGGGAUUCAUCAACCACACCAAAAAGUUCCAUCAAUUUCUUCCCAUGGUAUCGUAGAUCAUAGAAAAGUACUGCGGUCCAUUGAGAAUGUAUACACAGCCGUACUUGCCUUGGAGGAGUUAAGAAGGAACCAACCACCAUUACCAAGGUAUGCUGCGGAUCAUGAACGAGAGGUGGUUGAAAAAUGGAAUGAAGAGUAUACAGAAUUAGCA